AUGGCCGUAGCUCAGCCGCCUUCGGAAGCUCAGGCUUCUCGACAGCAGCCACCAUGGGCAGUCCCGAAGCAAAUUGAGCCCACCCCUGAGCUGGUAGUCUACAAUUCCCUCACUCGCACAAAGACGCCCUUUGUGCCGCUGCGAGGCAAUCACAUCACUUGGUACAAUUGUGGACCUACCGUCUACGAUGCCAGUCACAUGGGACAUGCUCGAAAUUAUGUGUCGCAAGACAUUAUGAGGAGGAUAUUGAAUCAUCUUGGUUAUUCGAUACACUUUGUCAUGAACAUCACAGACAUUGAUGAUAAGAUCAUCGUCAGGGCAAGGCAGAACCACCUGCUGGACGACUUUAAAAAGUCAAAUCCCACUCUGACGUCCCCACUCGUCAAGGAGGUGCGCAAGAGCUGGUCAGCAUUCCUCGCCAAGAAGAAGAUGGAACAAUUCGCCCCACCUGCUCCUGCUGGCGAGGACAUUCAUGAAGACGCCAUCUGGGAGGAGAUCAGUAGACUCAAUGGCGACCCAAAGUGGCGAGCCGAGACACUCGCCAAGGAGCCCAUGUUCGGCUUGUGGUUCAACGCACUCAACGAGUCACGGCAAGCCAUCAUCGCAGCUACCAUGGCCGUCACUGCCAUCAAUGGUGCCUCUCCCCCCACCCCUUCAGACGACCUACUUGCAGCCUCGAAAGACAUCCUCUCUUCUUCACUCGACGACAGCCUCAAACAUACCGUGUCAGACCACUCGAUCUUUCGCUCCCUCGCAGCAACGUGGGAGACGGCCUACUUUGACGACAUGAAGAGACUCAAUGUCCUCCCUCCUAGCCAGCUCACAAGGGUCAGCGAAUACGUGCCAGAAAUUGUCACAUUCACGGAAAGGAUUAUACAGAAUGGAUUCGCAUACGACGAUGGUGCUGGCAACGUCUACUUCGAUACCAAGGCCUUCGAUGGCGCUGAUCUGAGCGAUGGCGAAAAGGCGAGCUAUGCAAAACUGGCGCCUUGGAGCAAGGGAAACAAGGAGCUCCUGGCAGAAGGAGAGGGCUCUCUGACUGGUGCCCACGGCAAGAAGCGGUACGCAUCGGACUUUGCCCUUUGGAAGGCCUCCAAAGACGGAGAGCCCUCGUGGCCUUCUCCUUGGGGUCCCGGUCGGCCAGGAUGGCACAUCGAAUGCAGUGUGAUGGCUAGCGAGGUGCUGGGCACGCAGAUUGACGUCCACUCGGGUGGAGUGGACUUGAUGUUCCCCCACCACGACAACGAGAUUGCCCAGAGCGAGGCGCACCACGGCUGCUCACCCUGGAUCAACUACUUUCUUCAUACCGGCCACUUGCACAUCGAAGGUCUGAAGAUGUCCAAGUCGCUCAAGAAUUUCAUCUCCAUCGACGACGCUCUGCAGAGGUACUCUCCUCGCCAAUUACGGUUAGCCUUCCUCUUUCAGUCUUGGUCAAGCAAAAUGGACUUUAGUGAAGCAGCCAUGAUUGAAGUGGGCAAAGCGGAGAAGCAAUUCGACAACUUCUUUGUCACGGUCAAGACGCAAAUGAGGAGUUUCGCCUCGAAAGGUCCGUCGUAUUCGGACGGUCUUCACCACUACGGAAAGGGCGAAAAGGACCUGAUAGCCGCACUUACCAGUGCACAGCUCGAGUUCCGCAAAGCCCUCUGCGACUCCUUUGACACGCCUGGCGCUCUACGCAUCUUGCAGAACCUCGUCUCUGCAGCCAACGUCUAUGAAAAGGAAAACAGACAAGGCUUGAAUGCCAGUGUCCUCGAGACGGUCGCUCGUUGGGUAGGGGAGAUGCUACGGAUGUUCGGUCUGGGCGUGGAUGGGCUUCGCGACUCUGAGAUUGGCUGGGGCGAGGCUCACUCCAUUGGCGAUGGGGUUGGAGGUGUAGGAGGCGCUUCGGCGGGAAGCAGCAUCGACCGGGAGUCCCUGCUCCUCCCCUACCUCGAGGCCCUCUCCUCGUUCCGCUCCUCUGUACGACAACUAGCCCGCGCUGGUGCCCCUUCCUCCGAACUUCUCAAGCUCGCCGACCGACUCCGCGACGAGGAUCUGGUGGACCUGGGUGUGCGCCUGGAAGACCUCGAAGGCGCCAGCGGCUCAGCCUUGGUCAAGCUCGUCCCCGCCGAGCAACUCCGUGCCGAGCGAGACGAAAAGGUGCGCUUGGCAGAGGAAAAGGCCAAGCGUAAAGAAGUCGCUGCACGUCAGGCUGCUCAGGCCCGAGCGGAGCGACUGCGUAAAGGUCGUGUUCCCCCCUCUCUCCUCUUUAGACCUACCAGUCAAGGUGGACUUGCACCAGAGGGAGAGUAUGCUCAAUGGGAUCAAGCGGGUCUGCCUACUGUGGAUGGUAAGACGGGAGAGGAAUUGAGCAAGAGUAAGAAGAAGGCGGCUGCAAAGGAGUUUGCUCUACAGGGGAAGUUACACGAGGAGUACCUUGCUGCGAGGGAAAAGGGGGAGGUGGAGUAG